AUGGAGGGUGUUGUGAUGGUGAUGUCGGGGGAUACAAUGUAUGCAGUUGACAAAUAUUCCAUAUUUUUAGAAGGCCUAUUUUGUGAAAUAGUUUCUUAGUCCCCAAGCCUAUUCUGUAAAAUAUGGCUCCUUAAAUCGACCCCUUGCUCCUGCACCCUAAACACGGAAGAUCUGUGAUCUGUGUGGAUUACACAAGAAAUGUGCAUUAGCAAUAUGGCGCAAAUUCCACCUGACCUAUUACAGAUUUCCAUAUUGUUUAUGCCCAUCUAAUCCGCUCAGCUCUCCACAAGUGUAUAAUGUUUAUGGGCUAGGGGUUGAUUUGGGAAUCUGUAUAUGUCCACAUUUUGAUCUUCUUUCUCCUGAGUGCAGAGUCCUUCUCCGUGGCUGCAAAGGUCUUCGGCGGUCCUAUCUCGUGGCACCCAUACUACUCCUUCUCCUGGUCGGUGCUGCCUUGACUGCCCUCCUCCCUUCCAUCGAGGACCGUGGCAAUGUCGGCGCCAUGGGAGCCCUUCGCCGUAGAGCCACCGCCGGCAGCAAUGCCAACGCCAUUCCCAGGCACCAAAUGGAAGAGCAGGCAGAGCAGGACGCCACCGCCUUUACCAUAGUCAUACAGACGUACAACCGCACCGACGUGCUCCUGAAACUGCUCAACCAUUACCAGGCGGUACCACACCUGCGGCGGGUCAUCAUCGUGUGGAACAACAUUGGGGAGCGGACCCCCCAAGAGCUCUGGGACGCCCUGGGGCCCCACCCCAUCCCCGUGGUGUUCAAAGAGCAGCGCGUCAACCGCAUGCGCAACCGACUUCAGCCGUUUGCCGAGAUCGAUACCGACGGUGAGGUGUGAGUGAGUGAAUAAGAGGGUCAGACAGAGAGACAGAGAUGGCGUUAAGGUGGCUUUCCAAAGUGUCUACCUCACUUAGCCAUUCAUCCGAGAUAGAUACCGACGGGUGAGGUGUGAGUGUGGAAGAAAGACACAGACAGACAGACCAGUGGAGGCUGCUGAGAGAAGCACCGCUCAUAAUAAUGGCUGCAAUGGAGUCAAUGGAAUGGUAUCAAAUACAUCAAAGAUGUGGUUUCCAUGUGGUUGAUACCAUUCCAUUGACUCCAUUCCAGCCAUUAUGAGCCGUCCUCCCCUCAGCAGCCUCCACUGUGACACAGACUGACUGACUGACAGACACUCUCCUCAUCUCCUUUGGACAGUCGGGUAUACAGGCACAACAACGCUGUUUUAGGAAGUAUUUAAUCAUCUAAUGGUAAUACUCUGUGUUCAACUUCUCUCCUCAGCUGUGUUGAUGCUGGACGAUGACACGUUGGUCAGCGUUCCAGAUAUCAGUUUUGCCUUCUCUGUGUGGAAGGUAUGUACUUCCAACAAUACACUGUAUAGAAGAUAUCAGUAAUCAGGGGAUGCGUUCAGGAUGGUGCAGCAUAACCGAACGUUACAGAUAGAAAUGCCAUAAAGAGCUGGCAUUAUUAUGGAAUUCCAUUGAGGUCCUUCGGCGUCUAAAACCCGUCACACUAACAUUGAUCCGUCAGGGAGAUGAUUGCCCAUUCUACAUAAUAGCCUAUUACUGAAUUACUAUUGGAAUGUUCCUCAAUGUAGUCCCCUACUCUCAUCCUCUCAACAGCAAUUCCCAGAUCAGAUAGUUGGAUUCGUGCCCCGUAAACAUGUUACCACGGUGACGGGGGUCUACAGCUACGGCAGCUUUGAACUCCAGGACCCAGAGAUGGGAGGAGGUGACAGGUACAGUGCCCUCAGAAAGUAUUCACACCCCUUGACUUUUUCCCACAUUUUGUUGUGUUACAGCCUGAAUUUAAAAUGGAUUAAAUUGAGAUGUGUCACUGGCCUACACACAAUAUCCCAUAAUGUCAAAGUGGAAUUAUGUUUUUAGAGUUUUUUUACGAAUUAAUUAAAAACGAAAAGCUGAAAUGUUUUGAGUCAAUAAGUAUUCAACCCCUUUGUUAUAGCAAGCCUAAAUAAAUUCAGGAGUAAAAAUGUGCUUAACAAGCCACAUCAUAACUUGCAUAGACUCACUCUGUGUUCAGUAAUAGUGUUUAACAUUAUUUUUUUAAUCAAUCAAUCAAAUGUAUUUAUAAAGGCCAUUUUACAUCAGCAGAUGUCACAAAGUGCUAUACAGAAACCCAGCCUAAAACCCCAAACAGCAAGCAAUGCAGAUGUAGAAGCACGGUGGCUAGGAAAAACUCCCUAGAAAGGCAGGAACCUAGGAAGAAACCUAGAGAGGAGCCAGGCUCUGAGGGGUGGCCAGUCCUCUUCUGGCUGUGCCGGGUGGAGAUUAUAAGAGUACAUGGCAAUUUAAGGCCAGAUUGUUCUUCAAUAUGAUCAAACAUUCAUAGAUGACCAGCAGGGUCAAAUAAUAAUCACAGUGGUUGUGGAGGGUGCAACAGGUCAGUACCUCAGGAGUAAAUGUCAGUUGGCUUUUCAUAGCCGAGCAUUCAGAGGUUGAGACAGCAGGUGCGGAAGAGAGAGAGAGUCGAAAACAGCAGGACAAGGUAGCACGUCGGGUGAACAGGUCAGGGUUCCCUAGCCGCAGGCAGAACAGUUGAAACUGGAGCAGCAACACGACCAGGUGGACUGGGGACAGCCAGGAGUCAUCAGGCCAGGUAGUCCUGAUCCUAGGUCUCAGGUCCUCCGGGAGGGGAGUGAGAGAGAGAGAAUUAGCGGGAGCAUACUUAAAUUCACACAGGACACCAGAUAAGACAGGAGAAUUACACCAGAUAUAACAGACUGACCCUAGCCCCCCGGCACAUAGACUAUUGCAGCAUAGAUACUGGAGGCUGAGACGGGUGUAUCGGGGGACACUGUGGCCCCGUCCGACAAUACCCCCGGACAGGGCCAACCAGGCACGAUAUAACCCCACCCACUUUGCCAAAGCACAGCCCCCACACCACUAGAGGGAUAUCAACAGACCACCAAUUUACUACCCUGAGACAAGGCUGAGUAUAGCCCACGAAGAUCUCCUUCCACCGCACAAGCCUGAGAGGGCGCAAAACCGGACAGGAAGAACACGUCUGUGACUCAACCCACUCAAGUGACGCGCACCUCCUAGGGACGGCAUGGAAGAGCACUAGUAAGCCAGUGACUCAGCCCUCGUAAUAGGGUCAGAGGCAGAGAAUCCCAGUGGAGAGAGGGGAGCCAGCCAGGCAGAGACAGCAAGGGUGGUUCGUCUCUCCAGUGCCUUGCCGUUCACCUUCGCACCCCUGGGCCAGACUACACUCAAUCAUAGGACCUACUGAAGAGAGGUAAAGACUUAAAGGUUGAGACCGAGUCUGCGUCUCUCACAUGCAUAGGCAGACCAUUCCAUAAAAAUUGAGCUCUAUAGGAGAAAGCCCUGCCUCCUGUUGUUUGCUUAGAAGUUCUAGGGACAAUAAGGAGGCCUGCGUCUUGUAACCGUAGUGUACGUGUAGGUAUGUACGGCAGGACCAAAUCGGAGAGAUAGGUAGGAGCAAGCCCAUGUAAUGCUUUGUAGGUUAGCAGUAAAACCUUGAAAUCAGCCCUAGCCUUAACAGGAAGCCAAUGUAGAGAGACUAGCACCGGAGUAGUAUGAUCAAGUAUGUUUAGCACUAACUUAAGUUUAUUCAGUGCUUUAUCCGGGUAGCCGGAGAGUAGAGCAUUGCAGUAGUCUAAUCUAGAAGUGACAAAAGCAUGGAUUAGCUCUUCUGGAUCAUUUUUGGACAAAACAUUUCAGAUUUUUGCAAUGUUACGAAGAUGGAAAAAGGCUGUCCUUGAAAUAUUCUUGAUAUGUUUGUCAAAAGAGAGAUCAGGGUCCAGAGUAACGCCGAGGUCCUUCACAGUUUUAUUUGAGACGACUGAACAGCCAUCAAGAUGAAUUGUCAGAUCAAACAGCAGAUCUCUUUGUUUCUUGGGACCUAGAACUAGCAUCUCUGUUUUGUCCAAGUUUAAAAGUAAAAUGUACCCCACACAUACAAUUAUCUGUAAGGUUCCUCAGUCGAGCAGUGAAUUUGAAACACAGAUUCAACCACAAAGACCAGGGAGGUUUUCCAAUGCCUCGCAAAGAAUGGCACCUAUCUAUUGGUAGAUGGGUUAAAAAAAAAAAAAAAAAGCAGACAUUGAAUAUCCCUUUGAGCAUGGUGAAGUUAUUCAUUACACUUUGGAUGUUGUAUCAAUACACCCAGUCACUACAAAGAUACAGGCGUGCUUCCUAACAGUUGCCAGAGAGGAAGGAAACCGCUCAGGGAUUUCACCAAUGGUGACUUUAAAACAGUUACAUAGUUUCAUGGCUGUGAUGGGAGAAAACUGAGGAUGGAUCAACAACAUUGUAGUUACACCACAAUACUAACCUAAAUGACAGAGUGAAAAGAAGGAAGCCUGUACAUAAAUAAAAUAUUCUAAAACAUGCAUCCUGUUUGCAACAAGGCACUAAAGUAAUGCCGAUAAAUGUGACUAAGAAAUGAACUUUAUGUCCUGAAUACACAGUGUUAUGUUUGGGGCAAAUCCAACACAACACAUCACUGAGUACCAUUCCAUAUUUUCAAGCAUGGUGGUGGCUGCAUCAUAUUAUGGGUAUGCUUGUCAUCGGCAAGGACUAGGACGGUUUUUUUAGGAUAAAAAUACAUUUAAAUAGAGCUAAGGACAGGCAAAAUCCUAGAGGAGAACUUGGUUCUGUCUGCUUUCCAACAGACACUGGGAGAUGAAUUCAUCUUUCAGCAGGACAUGAACCUUAAACACAAGGCCAAAUCUACACUGGAGUUGCUCACCAAGACGACAUUGAAUGUUCCUGUGUGGCCUAGUUACAGUUUUGACUUAAAUCGUCUUGAAAAGCUAUGGCAUUGGUUGGCUAGCAAUGAUCAACAAUCAAUUUGAAAGAGCUUGAAGAAUUUUGAAAAGAAUAAUGGGCAAAUAUUGUACAAUCCAGGUGUGCAAAGCUCUUGGACUUAUCCAGAAAGAAGCACAGCUGUAAUCGCUGCCAAAGGUGAUUCAGGGGUGUGAAUACUUAUUAUGUAAAAACAUGUUUUCACUUUGGUAUUAUGUGGGGAAAAAAAUCUAUGUAAUCCAUUUUGAAUUCAGGCUGUAACACCACAAAAUGUGGAAUACGUCAAGGGGGUGUGAAUACUUUCUGAAGACACUAUAACUGCAACCCUUAUGGGGUAUAGAAAUGUUUGACAUAUCUAGACAUUGAAUGUCUACGUGUUGACACUGUAGCUCUAAACAUGUUCAUCUGUGUCUUGCACCCUGAUGCAUUUUUAAAACAAUCAGAAUGUUGGGCCCUGCUUUCAACACCGCUACAGGUACUCCAUGGUGCUGAUCGGCGCCGCCUUCUUCCACCGCCGCUACCUGCAGCUCUUCCAGGAGCAGCCGCCAGAGGUGCACGCCCUGGUGGACGACACGCAGAACUGCGACGACAUCGCCAUGAACUUUGCCGUGGCGGCGGAGCUACAGCGAGGUUCCGAGGCCAUAAAAAGUAGACCCUCUGGCAUCUUCGUGAAGCCUGUGGAUAUGCGCAACCUGGAGAGGGACGCCAGCAGCGGGUACCUAGGCAUGUGGCACCGUCCCGAACACUUGCUCCAGCGCUCUUACUGCCUGAACCGGCUGGCACAGAUCUACGGCGCGAUGCCCCUGAGGUACUCUAACAUGAUGCUGUGCCAGUUUGGCUUCCCAAGCUAUGCCAACCACAAGAGCAGGGGCUGA